AUGGACGACUUCUCCCGCCCGGCGAAGCGAUCGCGACGCGAGACCUCGAUGCAGUCAUCAUUUACUAUCGACAUUCCCUUGCACCCCACCUACUACAGGGGCACACACCCUCCCCCCGGCAAAAUCCAGCUCCUGCCUGAGCAUAGCGACAAUACUGCUUAUAUUAUCCAGAAGAUCAUCGAUCCCGACAGCCGAAAACAACCGGAAACCUUACGAAAGCGACCUUUUUACAUCAUAGGAUGGAGAGAUCCGGAGCUGCGAGAGGCCCGCGUCGGGGUGGAAUGCAUGCACGCAUAUAGAUACGUAUCUCCGCGACAAGUGGAAGAGUUCGAAUACCAGGACCUGCUGGCGCGUGAGGCGGCCGAAGAGCAGGAGGCGCAAAAAGAGAUCGAUGCUUUGCUCUCACAGCAACAGCAGCAACAAAAAUCGCAGAAGUCCGGCGCGCCCAGGAAACGAGGUCGCCCGGGUCGACCGCCGAAAAAGAAAACCCCCGCAGGUGAGGAUGACGGACGUCGUGUUCCGUCGCUUUCCACGCCACAGAGAAAUCGGUUCAAUCUUUCUGCAGAUAAUCUGCAGGACCUGCAAAACGAAAUGGAGGAUCGCAUACGCAGCCAGAACAGUAUUAUUUCACUAGGUGAAGACGAAGACGAGGAAGCCGAGGAGGAUGACGAAGAUGAAGACGAAAUGCUCCAGCGCGUGCUCCUACAACAGGCAGAAAGGAACAGCAAGGCUGAGCGGUUCGAUGGAGAUUUUAAAAUCUCAAUACCCAGCCGUUCUGCUGCACGAACACAGCCUGCAUCUCGCAGAGGUCGUGGACCAGGCCGCCCGCCCAAGGUCAAACCCCUUGAUACACCUCAGACAGUUGUUCCACAGGCGGAGCAUAAUAGGCAUAGGCCAAGUCCAGGUGUAAGGCCCACCAGAGGCACGAAGUCCCGGGUCCCGGAUCGCUCAUCGGAACAGAUUCCAAAGAAUAAAGAAAGCGCGCCGGCACCGUCUCCGUCCGAAUCAACUAUCGUCACACGUCCAGCCCUCAUGAAACAGCCAUCCCUGGUCUCCGGACAUGACAGUUCCAUCUCCUCGCGCUCUGGAGGUUCGGCUCAAGAUGCGCCAGUCGCGCAACAGACCACCUUAGCCCAAACCAAGCGCGAAUCAACCACGCCCAUCCCACUGCCGAGCUACGUCAGAUCUAUAUCAAAAGGGGCCGCUCCCAGUUCCGCACCUCAGCCUCUGCCACAGGCGCAGGAAGACGAAACAGUUACUGGCGACAUAAUGGCUGUGGACACGCCGAAUGAGUGGGAUGUCCUGAGGCUUGAAGGCGUCAGAGUGGAGGAACACGACGGUAUAAAGACCCGCUACUUCAAGGUGCGGUGGAAGGGUGAUUGGCCGUCGGAUCAGAACCCAUCGUGGGAGUCCGAGGAUUGCAUAGAUCGCGCCACGGUCAAGGAAUUCUUGAGGGUUCUCAAAGAGAAGAAACAAGAAGCUUCCGCAAGGUCAUAUCCACAAAUGCCUACAGCGUCACACGGACCGGCCAGUGCCAAGACUCAAGGGACACUCAACGGAUGGCUACAAGCUAGGAGAGGUGCUGCGCCUGCACCUUAG